AUGGUGAAGACCAUGGUUGAGGCAGGCCACUCCCUUGCAGGCCAUUCCCUUGCAGUCCAUGGAGGUGCCAGGGGUGUAGAUGUCCACCUAUGGCCCAUGGAGGAACCUGCACUGGAGCAGGUGGAUGCCUUGAAGGAGGCUGUGACCCCAUUCGAAGCCUACACUGGAGCAGGCUCCUGGAAAGAGAAGGCAGUGAAAGAAAGACAACAUACUGAAGAAAGUACCUCAGUAGUGGAAAUUGCAUGCUUGCCACUGCCUAACACUUCUAAGAAAAAGUUUCCCACUAUAGUCUUCUUUGCGGUUCGUGUCAGCAACGAUGGACUUGCACAAGAAAUUCCCAUGCAGAGCCCUAUAUCCAUCACUAAGUCUAAAGGAAGCGUACAUCUGGAAUGUCACUUUAAAGAUGUCUCUCAAGAUUUUGUUGGAACCAUCAUACACUGGUAUCAACAGAAGGCAAAUAAUAGUCCAAAGAGGAUACUCUUUUUUCCAGAGACAAAAGUAGUAGAUGAUGGCUUCCAAGCACACAGGUACAUAGUUGACAAAGUUUCUAGCCAGAAACUGCAUAUUCUUAAAAUAAACAACAUCAGUCCAGAUGACACUGCUACCUACUAUUGUGCAUACUGGACACUUGUAUACAGUGACUACUACAAAGUCUUUGGAACUGGCACAAAGCUUGUUGUUUCUGAUAAAGGAAGUUCUGCACCGACAAACUCUGAAAUACUGCAGAAGAAACAUGACAAUCAGAUAACGUAUGUUUGCCUUAUCGAGAAAUUCUACCCAGAAGUUAUUGGGGUGACAUGGACUGAUGGAAAAAAAGAGGUAACAGACCAUGUGGUAAAAGGAGAUGUUUGGAAGCCCCCAAAGGGGGAUUUAUACUCAGUCAGCAGCUGGUUAACUGUACCAGCAGAGAACAAAGACAACAACUAUUUUUGCAAGUAUGAGCAUGAAACCGGACAACAGUCACUGCCGACACAAG